AUGUGCCGGUUCGUGUGUCUGCUGUAUCUCUUGGCUGUCCCAGUUUUGGGGCAGAAUGAUUCACUCUGUAGACUGCGAGGAAGGUUUGACUUACCCCGGAUAGCAAAGGACGGGGACAUCGUCAUUGGCGGAUCAUUCAACAUUCACUAUUACAGAGAGGAGCAGUUCCUCGACUUCAGAUCCCCGCCAAGACCCCCGGAGUGCAAAAGUUUUGAUUUGACGCAGUUUCAGUUUGCCCAGACUAUGAUCUACACCAUCGAGGAAAUAAACAGGAACCAGGUCCUGAUCCCGAAUAUUACACUGGGCUACCAGAUUCACGAUGGCUGUGGGGACCCAGCCAUGUCGACCAAAGUAACCACCCUGCUCAUUAGCGGACAGGAGGAAACCCUGGCUGACCCGAAAUGCAAAACGACCUCUAACAUCCCGGUUAUAGUUACAGAUGCGGAAUCCAUGCAAUCGGUGGCAGUUGCGAGAGUCAUUACCCCCUUCAAUGUCACAAUGUUCAGCUAUUCCGCCGCUUACGACUAUCUCAACAAUAUGUACGAAUUCCCAACCUUUUUCCGAACUAUUCCCAAUGACUAUCACCAAGUGGACGGCCUGGCCCAGCUCGUCAAAUACUUUGGAUGGAACUGGAUCGGGACAAUAAGGAGCAACUCCACCUACGGUGCCCUGGCAAUGGACGAGAUUAUCAAAAGUAUGGAAAGCUUCGGCAUUUGCAUCGCUUUCUCUGAAGCUGUUCACAAGACGGACUCCAAAGAGAAGCUACUGAGUCUCAUGAACAUCAUCAAAGAAGCCACCACCAGGAUUGUUGUUGCCUUCGUCGCCCAGGCGGACAUGGCCGUCCUACUGCAAGAAAUUGUCCGCCAGAACGUGACGGGGAUCCAGUGGGUCGGGAGUGAGUCCUGGAUCACGAUGCCCAACAUCUCUCCCAAGGAAGACGCCAGGUUCCUGGCUGGGACGGUGGGUUUCGCUGUCCCCAGGGCAGUGCUCCCGGGGCUAAAGGGGUUUCUUCUGGAAGUGCACCCAUCGAAAUUCCCCGGAAAUGUCUUUGUGACUGAGUUUUGGGAAACCACUUUCGAAUGCUUCUGGCAAACGCCGGAAAACCUCAGCCAGCUGGGCGGUGGGGCGGCGCAGGUCAAGCUUUGUACGGGAGAUGAAAGGCUGGGUGAAAUAGACAACCAAUACACCGACACAUCGCAGCUGAGAAUCGCUUACAAUGUGUACAAAGCCGUGUAUGCCAUAGCACAUUCACUCAACGAAAUGCUAUCAAAAACUAACUUCACCUUUUCGCAACUUGACCUAUGGGAGCUACUUCAUCAUAUGUAUGCUGUGAAUUUUACAGCAAAGAACGGAGAAAGUAUAUACUUUGAUGAAAACUUAGAUACAGUCCCAUUGUAUGAACUGGUAAAUUGGCAGAUGAAUUCUGAAGGGGUCGCUCACGUUGUGACAAUUGGACAUUAUGAUGGACUUGUAGAUUUUAAUAAAAGGCUAUAUAUAAACAAAGAAAAUAUUAUUUGGAUAAAUGGGAAAAAGGAGGUUCCCCGUGGAAUUUGUUCGGACAGUUGUCUUCCUGGCACAUGGAAAACAGUCAAAAAAGAAAUGCCUUUGUGUUGUUUUACCUGCAUACCGUGCUCUGAAGGUGAAUUCAGCAAUGUGACAAAUUCAGUAUCUUGCUUAAAAUGCCCACCAGAAUACUGGUCCAAUCAGUUAAGGACCCAAUGUAUGCCAAAGAAGAUUGAAUUCCUUUCAUUUGAUGAUGAGAUGGGAAGUUCACUACUGACACUCGCAGUGAUUGGAGCCUGCUUGACAGUGGCUACAGGUCUUAUUUUUUAUAAGCACAGACAGACCCCUCUUGUUAAAGCCAAUAACUCUGAGUUAAGCUUCCUUCUUCUUUUUGCAUUAACACUUUGCUUCCUCUGCUCUUUGACCUUUAUUGACCAGCCCUCUGUCUGGUCCUGCAUGUUGCGUCACGUGGUGUUCAGUAUCACUUUUGUUCUUUGUCUUUCUUGUAUUUUGGGGAAAACACUUGUUGUGUUGAUGGCUUUCAAAACCAGACACCCCAACAAUAAAAGGAUCAAAUGGUUUAGUCCUAUGCAUCAAAGACUGAACGUUUGUGCACUCACGUCUGUCCAAACUAUAAUUUGCAUUAUCUGGCUCACCUCUUCACCUCCUUUCCCUGUUAACAGCACAAAGUACUACAAAACUAUAAUUAUACUAGAAUGUAACAUCGGGUCCUUGGUGUACUUCUGUUGUGUGUUCAGUUAUAUCGGUGCUCUUGCAUGUCUGUGCUGUGCGCUCGCGUUUUUAGCCCGAAAACUGCCAGACAAUUUCAAUGAGGCGACUUUUAUAACCUUCAGCAUGCUGAUAUUUUGUGCUGUGUGGAUCACAUUUAUCCCAGCUUAUGUCAGUUCCCCUGGAAAGUACACAGUGGCUGUAGAAGUGUUUGCUAUUCUGGCAUCGAGCUACAGUCUCCUGUUUUGCAUUUUUGCCCCCAAAUGUUAUAUCAUCCUAUUUCAACCAGAAAAAAACACAAAGAAAUAUUUAAUGCGUAGAUCGAAUACAAAAACCCUCUGA